AUGUCUCGUUCUCUCCUCUUUGUAUUGUUAUUAUCCCUCGUUCUUGCUUUCACAGCCUCCACCCAGGCCAGAACUGUCUCUGAACGUGCCAUCGACAGCAUUAUCAACACUUGGGUCAAUUCUGUCACCAAUGCUAAAUACGAAAAUGAAGAACUUGCCGACACCACAAGUUCACCUGGUCAAAUCGCUGCUGCUUUUGCCAACUCCAAAACUGUUCCAACUACUACUCGAGGUUAUCCUGGAAGUUUGAGAGAUGUGACUGGACAAGCAUUGCAAACGGGUGAUAUUUUGUGGAGAAGUGGACAUGUGGGUAUUUAUUUGGGAGGAAAUCAAGUGGUGAAUGCUGAAAAUCCAAAAUCAGGAGUCAAGAAGAGAGAUUUGGGUUUCUAUACCAAAUAUUUGGGUUUCACUAGAGAGUAUCGUGUUUAA